GGGGGGGGGCCUCGUCUCGGCUUCGCUGGAGGUCCGGUUUCGGCUGCGAACAUGUCCCGGCCCGUCAGAAACAGGAAGGUGGUCGAUUAUUCACAGUUUCAGGAAUCUGAUGAUGCAGAUGAAGAUUAUGGAAGAGAUUCAGCUCCUCCAGCUAAGAAAAUUCGAUCAUCACCUCGAGAGGCUAAAAACAAGAGGCGGUCUGGGAAAAAUUCACAGGAAGAUAGUGAGGACUCUGAAGAAAAAGAUGUGAAGACCAAGAAAGAUGAUUCACACUCACCAGAGGAUAGUGAAGAUGAAAAAGAAGAUCACAAAAAUGUUCGCCAACAGCGUCAGGCAGCAUCCAAAGCAGCUUCCAAACAGAGAGAGAUGCUUAUGGAAGAUGUGGGCAGUGAAGAAGAACAAGAGGAGGAAGAAGAGGCACCAUUCCAAGAGAAAGAUUCCGGCAGUGAUGAAGACUUCCUAAUGGAAGAUGAUGAUGAUAGUGAUUAUGGAAGUUCAAAAAAGAAAAACAAAAAGAUUGUGAAGAAGUCCAAGCCUGAAAGGAAAGAAAAGAAAAUGCCCAAACCUAGGCUAAAGGCUACAGUGACACCAAGUCCAGUGAAAGGCAAAGGAAAAGUGGGCCGUCCCACAGCAUCAAAGGCAUCAAAGGAAAAGACUCCUUCCCCCAAAGAAGAGGACGAGGAGCCAGAAAGUCCCCCGGAAAAGAAAAAGUCUGCCAGCCCUCCACCAGAAAAAUCUGGGGAUGAAGGGUCUGAAGAUGAAGCUCAGUCUGGGGAAGAUUAAAAAGUGAUGGUUUGGGGAGAUUUUAUUUUAAAAAAAAAAAAAAAAAGAGGAAAAAAAAAAGAAAACCUACUUAGGGGUAGAACAUGGUUUUGGCUAUGGCUUGACUCAUGGGCUUUGAAUGCUUUCCCUCUUCCUUACCCUUCCCACUACCACCAUCACAUACACACACACACAUACAAAAAAAAAAAAUUUUUUUUUAAAUUUUUUUCCUAAGAGAAAAUUAUGGCCAUGUUUUGUUUUUUUUUUAAUUACCUUUAUUAUUGGCUAUUCGCCCUCUCCCAAUCUCCAGUGAAAGCCAUGAUAAAAUAUCCAAUGAGUUUACCACCUAACUUUAAAAAAACAAAAAAAAAAUGAAAGGGUUACCUCAGGUAAAGCAGUAAGUUUGAGGUAAAUCCUCUUGAAAUUUUAACUUUUCUAAAAGUUAUCAAGAUGAAUAGGAAUCCAGAGACAAUAAGAAUUCCAAAUGAAAGUGGUUGUUCCUUAUUUACCUGAAUUAAAAAAAAAAAAAAUCACUGUCAGCAAAGACAAAAGUGUGUACGUUUUGAUUUUUUUUUUUUUUUUAUCAUGAAUCUAAACUUCCAUUGACUAGGCAGAAAAGUGAUAAAUGUGAGUUCAGCUCUUAUAUUUCCCGUAUUUCUAACCCCAUUUGGGAACAACCAGGCCACAUGACUUUGUGCUGUGGGGUUUUUGUUUUUAUUAUUGUUUUGUUUUGUUCUAUUUCACUCCUAGUCAUCUCGGGGAGAAUAGGAACCAAAGAAAUCCUUUUCUCCUACUAAGGUCUUAGGGAGUUAAAUGAUGCUCAACCUAAAAAUCAGGGUUCAGUGCAUCAAAAUCUAAGUUACUUUGUUUCAGAUCUGAAAAUCCAUGGUUCCAGUUUUUAAAAUAAAUAUGUAUUCUUUUUCUUGGAAUAAAUUUUACCAAGGAUCAAGAGGGAUUUAGAUUUUUAACAGCAAGAUUGCUGUGCCACAUAAAAAGUGGGUUUCUUCUCAAACUGACAAUGUUUAGGUUUUAAGCCAAUAAAGAACCAGUUAAUGUGAAACUAAA